AUGGUGAAGGAGAUCCAGCUGUACCUGUGUAUCUUCUUUGUGUUUGCAUUUGGGAUAUUUUACGAGCUGUCCAUUGAACCUGGUUGCCUCUUUGACUGCAAACCUAUUUCCAAGAAGUUCCUGAAUGAGAAAGAAGUCAUGACCCAUGGCGAAAAAAUCAUCUUUCUGGAGACAACAAAUCGUUUACAGCCUCCUCCAUUAGUUUUAUGUUCUGUGGAAUCUGCUGCCAGAAUCUACUUAGAUAGGCCUGUUGUUUUCUUUAUGAAAGGGUUGGAUAAUAGCACAUUGCUGGAUAUCAAAUCUUCCUGUCCAGCACUUUCAGCCAUAUCUACUUUGAAGAAUGUUUUCAUUUUCCCACUGAAGAUGGAUAUUUUGUUCCAGGGCACACCUUUACUGCCAUGGUACCUUCAGAUCAAUACAACAAAUGAGAAGUACUGGGUCUAUAUUAGCUCUGAUGCAAGCAGGCUUGCAAUGGUCUGGAAAUAUGGCGGGAUUUAUAUGGACACAGAUGUCAUUUCUAUCAGACCUAUCCCAGUGGUAAAUUUUUUGGCAGCCGAGUCUUCCAAGUUCUCCAGCAAUGGAAUCUUUGGUUUUCAGCGGCAUAACUGGUUCCUCUGGGAUUGCAUGAAGAAUUUUGUUGAGAACUACAAUGGAGAUAUUUGGGGAAACCAGGGCCCUUUUCUAAUGACAAGGAUGCUGAAGGGGCUAUGCAAUCUUACAGAUUUUCAGAAUAUGGAAGAUCAAAGAUGUCACAAUAUUUCCUUCUUGCACCCCCAUCGCUUCUAUCCCAUCUCCUAUCCACUGUGGGAGAAGUACUAUGAAGUGUGGGACUCAAUGCCAGACUUCAAUUACUCUUAUGCUUUACACCUGUGGAAUUUCAUGAACCAUGAAAAGAAGAAUAUGACCGUGGGAAGUAACACACUAGUGGAAAACAUAUACAAAACAUAUUGCCCAACUACUUACUGGACCCUCGUUCAAGCAGCAGAAGGAAGUAAAGGGAUGUCUCUAAAUAAAACUAGCUGA